AGAAAAUGUAUGCACGAAUAUCUUCAUUUUCUUGUGACUUUUUGCCUCUGGGACCUUUUUAUAAGAAAAAGAAACCCUCGACCUCGAGUCCCACUUCACCUACCCAAACACUUUCUCGUGAGAUUUUCUGGACAAACCAGUUCUAUCUGCUCUAGGAAAAGAAAAGCUGAAACAGAAGAAGAACGAAAAGAGCGAAAAUUAAUGGCUCUCCAGAAGAUUAAGGUGGCCAAUCCCAUCGUCGAGAUGGACGGAGAUGAGAUGACAAGGGUCAUCUGGAAAUUCAUUAAAGACAAGUUGAUUUUCCCUUUCUUGGAGUUGGAUAUUAAGUACUUUGACCUCGGCCUUCCCCAUCGUGAUGCCACAGAUGAUAAAGUUACUGUUGAGAGUGCUGAAGCUACUCUGAAGUACAAUGUGGCGAUUAAGUGUGCCACAAUCACUCCAGAUGAAGCACGUGUGAAGGAAUUCAACUUGAAGAGCAUGUGGAAAAGUCCGAAUGGUACAAUUAGGAACAUUUUGAACGGCACGGUCUUCAGAGAACCAAUUCUGUGCAAAAAUGUUCCUCGACUUGUACCAGGAUGGACUAAGCCAAUUUGCAUUGGAAGACAUGCUUUUGGAGAUCAAUACCGAGCAACUGAUACAGUUAUCAAGGGUGCUGGACAGCUCAAAUUGGUGUUUGUUCCAGAAGGGAAGGAUGAAAAGACAGAAUUAGAGGUCUACAAUUUUACUGGUGCUGGUGGGGUUGCUUUGUCAAUGUACAACACAGAUGAGUCCAUUCGUGCUUUUGCUGAGGCUUCAAUGAACACGGCAUACCAGAAAAAGUGGCCGUUGUAUCUUAGCACAAAGAAUACAAUCCUCAAGAAGUAUGAUGGCAGAUUCAAGGAUAUAUUCCAAGAAGUUUAUGAAUCAAACUGGAAAUCGAAGUUUGAGGAAGCAGGAAUCUGGUAUGAACACCGUCUCAUUGAUGAUAUGGUUGCUUAUGCUCUAAAGAGCGAAGGAGGUUACGUAUGGGCUUGCAAGAAUUAUGAUGGAGAUGUGCAGAGUGAUUUCCUGGCACAAGGAUUUGGAUCUCUUGGGCUGAUGACCUCAGUCCUCGUAUGCCCUGAUGGGAAGACAAUCGAGGCUGAAGCAGCCCAUGGAACUGUUACUCGUCACUAUAGGGUUCAUCAAAAAGGUGGUGAAACCAGCACGAAUAGCAUUGCCUCAAUUUUUGCUUGGACUCGUGGGCUUGCACACAGGGCUAAGUUGGACGACAAUGCAAAACUCUUGGACUUCACUGAGAAACUUGAAGCUGCUUGUAUUGGUGUCGUGGAAUCUGGGAAGAUGACUAAGGAUCUUGCUCUCAUCAUCCAUGGAUCCAAGUUAAGCAGAGACAAGUAUCUGAACACUGAAGAGUUCAUUGAUGCAGUUGCUGCUGACCUGAAAGCUAGACUUACUGCUUGACUCUAGGUCAGGGUAGCUUUUGGAGAUAUUUUCUCACUUUUUUGGAUUUUCUGAGAUGAAUAUUAUGAUGUGAUCAUUGCUGGAGAGGCUAUUAUCGGUGGUGGGAAAUUUUUCCCAUCAAGAAAUCUGUUGCUUUUUAUUGAACAAGUCAUCUUCCAUUUUAAGUGCUACCAUCAAACUUUUGUUGCUCUGCAUUUUGGUUUAAUUAUUCAAUCAAAUGUGAUGUAUUGCAAAUGCGAGAUAUUAGAUGUUAUGUUAUUUUAUGGGUUAUAAAUGGAGGAGGAAAUAACGAUCGUAAACAAUUACUGCCUUAUUUAGAAUUUGUUUGCUUUUCGUAGUAUUGCCUCCCAGUCCUCUGGUUGAAUUUGUUCUUAAAAGUGCAGCAAUUCAU